CCGGGUGCCAGCAAGCUGGAUUGUACAGCUCUCACCAUGAGGUAACGACCAGGUCAAUACAGCGCGGGGUUCCUACUCUAGCAGUGCUAGUUGGAAUGGACGAAAUCCCCGCACCACCUACCCGGCGCAAUGACGCUCGGGCCCGGCACCUAGUGACUAAGCGACAGCGGAGAAUCCGCGCGCCGGCUCCGCUAAGAUUUUUGACCGUGACAAUUGGAAGUCGUAAGGUAUGCAAGCAUAGCAUCGCGCCAAGAUGUCUUCGCCCUCGGAAAAGGAGUUUUCUUCUGGUGCCGAGUCGGACGCCUCGCACGUGGAGUUGGAGCAGAGCGGAUCGAGAAAGAGGAGGAAGCUGUCGCCCGAGGCCGUCUCCGAUGAUGAUGAUGCUGAGGCCCCGCAACCACCCAAACAGAUGCCCGCGUCCACAUCCACCCUCUCGCGCGUGAAGGCGAAGAAGACGCAGAAAGAAACCCCCGCCUCCAUCUUGUCCGCCCAGAACUACAAGGAAAACCUCUCCUUUGCUUCGCUCAACGUGUCCCCAUGGCUCGUCGCCUCGCUCUCGGCCAUGGCCAUCAAAAAGCCCACCGGCAUCCAAAAGGGCUGCAUUCCCGAAAUCCUCAACGGCCGCGACUGCAUCGGCGGCAGCAGGACCGGCUCGGGCAAGACGGUCGCCUUCGCAGUGCCGAUUCUGCAGAAAUGGAGCGAAGACCCCAUGGGCAUCUUUGCCGUCGUCCUGACCCCGACACGUGAGCUCGCUCUCCAGAUCUACGAGCAGUUUAACGCCAUCGGCGGCCCGCAAUCACUAAAGACGAUCCUCGUGACCGGCGGCGCCGACAUGCGCGCGCAAGCCACGGCGCUCGCCUCGCGGCCGCACGUCGUGAUCGCGACGCCGGGGCGGCUAGCCGACCACAUCGCCAACUCAGGCGAAGACACGGUCGGGGCGCUGCGACGGGUGCGGUUCGUCGUGCUAGACGAGGCGGACCGGCUGCUCGCGGCGGGGCACGGCAGCAUGCUGCCGGACGUGGAGACGUGCAUGUCGCUGCUCCCCCCCUCCUCCUCGCGGCAGACCUGCCUCUUCACCGCCACCGUCACGCCCGAGGUGCGCGCGCUCAAGGAGCUGCCCCGCCCCGCGGGCAAGGCCGCCGUCUUCGUCUGCGAAGUCGACACCGAGGCCCUCGCCGUCCCCGCCACCCUGCAGCAGAAGUACCUGCAGGCCCCCGUCACGCACCGCGAAGCCUUCCUGCACACGCUGCUGCUCACCCCCGCCAACGACGCCAAAUCCACCAUCGUCUUCGUCAACCGCACCGCCACGGCCCAGCUGCUCGAGCACAUGCUGCGCCUGCUCGCCCACCGCGUCACCAGCCUGCACUCCGGCCUCCCGCAACAGCAGCGCAUCUCAAAUCUGGCGCGGUUCCGGGCGCGGGCCGCCCGCAUCCUCGUCGCGACGGAUGUGGCGGCCCGCGGUCUCGAUAUCCCCAGCGUCGAGCUCGUGGUUAAUUACGACGUGCCCCGCGACCCCGACGACUACAUCCACCGCGUCGGCCGCACGGCGCGUGCGGGUCGCAAGGGCGAGAGCGUCACCGUCGUCGGCCAGCGCGAUGUCGAGCUGGUGUUGGCGAUCGAGGCGAGAGUGGGUACUAAGAUGAUGGAGUAUGCGGAGGAGGGCGUCAAUCUCGAGACGAGGGUUGUGCGGGACGCGUUGAAGGUCGUGGCAGAGAAGAAGAGGGAGGCCAUGCUGGAGAUUGAGGAGGGCAGGGACGUGACGGGGAAGCGGAAGAAGGGCAUGGCGAGGCGGAAGUAG